GUGAACUGGCUGCUAGAGAAUUACGAGGCUACGGAGGGUGUAAGCUUGCCGCGAAGCUCUCUCUACAAUCACUACCUACGUCACUGUGAUCAGAUGAAGUUGGAGCCCAUGAACCAGGCGUCAUUUGGAAAACUUAUAAGAUCCGUCUUUCCACAAAUAAGAACUAGGAGGUUGGGUACGAGAGGAAAUUCAAAGUACCAUUAUUACGGGAUCAAGAUCAAAUCAACGUCAUCCGUGCAUCACAUUCAGCAGCAGCAUCACCAACCACAGCAGCUUCAACAGCAGCAGCAGCAACUACAACAACGCAUAAUGAUAGACACAGUGAUAGAGGGCGCCCAGAUGAGUAGAGAAGGCAUCAACUGCCAACAGCAACAAUUCUUCACCGACACCAUUGUGACGCUUCCAAAUUUUGGAGUUAUCCUUGUAGAAGAUGGCGAGGAAAUACCUGAUGGAGCUAGCCAAAAACAUCUGGGUGCCUAUGAAGAACUGUAUGCCGAGCAGUGCGAGGCUAUCAUGGCUGGUAUCGUCAACUUCCAGUUCAGUGUCAUUGAAUCACUCUGGAAGUCUUUCUGGAGAACAGAUGGGCAGAGGUUGGAUGAAUUAAUAGGUGGACGCCAUGAUGAAUUAGAGAGGACGCUUCCAUGCAAUGCCUUGUACGCUCUUUCAAAAAUGCCUAGUGUUCAGAAGUACACCAUGAAGUCAGAUUAUACAUUCUACCAGUCACUCAUUGGCACUCUCAUACCUGAUGUACUCAAGCCCAUUCCGAGCACGCUGACACAAGUCAUUAGAAACUUCGCCAAGAAUCUGGAGGGAAGUCUGAGAAGGUCAAUGAAUGGCAUAUGUACAGAAAUGAUCGAGUGCAAGGUGACAGCUGCCAAUGCAUUCUCACAGACACUGCGCCGAUACACAUCACUGAACCACCUGGCACAAGCGGCUCGUGCUGUCCUACAGAAUUCAGCGCAGGUCACUCAGAUGUUGAGUGACCUCAACAGAGUUGACUUCAGCAACAUUCAAGAGCAAGCUUAUUGGGUGUGCAGAUGUAAUGGAGAUCUCGUGAAAGAGCUGGAAACAGAUCUGAAAUUGACCCUUGAGAAACAAAGCAGCCUGGAAGAAUGGGUGGACUGGUUGGAAGGUGUGGUCAAUCUCGUACUCACCCCUCAUGAACAUCAUGUCAGCACCUUCACCAAAGUGGCCCACCAAUUCCUUCUGCAUUGGUCAUUUUAUAGUUCCAUGGUGAUAAGAGACCUGACAUUGCGCAGUGCAGCCAGCUUCGGAUCGUUCCACUUGAUACGUCUGCUCUUUGAUGAGUACAUGUUCUUUCUGGUUGAGAAGAAGGUGGCUUCAAUUGCUGGUGAGACCACUGUGGCCACUGUCGGAAAUAAAAAUCUGGUGAGGAAGAUGACGAUGAUGAGUACGAUGAUGAUAAUGAUGAUGUUGAAGAUGAAAUGA